GACGCUCGGUAUCCGUCUGGAGCGCUGAUAUAAAAUUAUCAUUUGACCCGUUUGUUUUGUAAACAAUGUACUCAAUAAUUUUACUCCUCGUUGUUUUCACGUUAACUUUCCUAUAUCUCAGAGGCCAAUACAAUGAGAAUUAUUGGAGAAAACGCGGCGUCGCCUACUACGGCAAAAACAAAGUUUUCGGCAUUUUCUGGGACUUCCUCACCACCGACAAAGCUAUGUUUGAGAUUCUCAGUGAAAUAUACAAGAAAUACGAGAACGAGCCGGCCGUUGGCAUCGGAUCGCUAAUGACGCAGAGUCUCUACGUCAUGGACCCGCAGAACAUCCACCAUGUCAUGCAGACGGACUUCCAAUCCUUCAGCUACAGAGGACCUAUAAUAAACGAAGGAGACGUGCUAGGAGACAACGUGCUUUUCAUGAACGGACCUAGAUGGAAGCUGAUGCGACAGAAAUUAACGCCAUUUUUCACUGCGGCAAAAUUACGAAACAUGUAUCAUAUUUUGGACAAAACUGCUCAAGAUUUUGUGGAGUAUUUGAGGCAGAAUCCUCAGAAGUUAAAAGGAAACGGGUUUGACAGAGCCAACGAGUUCUGUGCCGCGGCCAUCGCGGCUGCUAUCUUCGGGAUUGGAACAGAUUCUUCCUUCGAGUCACCGUUUCUGAAGAUGGCUAGAGACGCUUCUGAACUCAGUUGGAUUACUCACCUUCGAUACACAGUCGCUCAUUUAAGUGAUUCAAUAAGCAAAGCUUUGGGUUUGAAGUUCUUUAAAGAACAGGAACCUUUCUUCAUAGGCGUCGUGAAACAGAUGUUUAGAGCUGCGGAAAGAGAUGAAAUUAAGAAGCAUUACUUUACCGAUAUCUGCUUGAGUCUGCUGAAGGCUGGGGUUAUGAAGGAUCUUGAAUCGGGCGAGGAGUUGGAGCCGACUGAUGAGCUACUUGCUGCCCAAGGUUUCUUCUUCUACAUCGCCGGCGUCGAACCCACAGCCAGCGCCCUGUUUGGCGCGCUCACCGAGCUUGGAAGACACCCGGAAAUCCAGACGAAACUGCAGAAGGAAAUCGAUGAAACUCUCGAAAAACACGACAGUAUAACUUACGAGAUCAUCUCUGAUAUGAAGUACUUAGAUCAAGUUUUAAGCGAAACACUAAGAAUACAGACGCCAGUAGGCUUCAUAAACAGAAUAUGUACAAACGAUUCAGUGCUCCCAGUAGGAAACAUCGAAGUGUCUAAAGGCACAAAGUUGUACAUACCUAUUUUCGACUUGCAUUUCGACCCUAAGUACUUCCCUGAGCCUGAGAAGUUUGAUCCGGAGAGGUUUUCGCCAGAGAAUAAGAGUAGCAGUGAGGUGGGUUACUUGCCGUUCGGGAAGGGUGGGCGGGUGUGCAUCGGGAUGCGGUACGCGCGGCUGCAGGUGAUGGCGGGGCUGACGCAUCUGCUGCGGCACUACCGCGUCCUGGCCCACCACGAACCCGCAGUACGGAAGUAUGCCAAGGGGCAGUUCCAGAUGAGAAGGGUCGAUUACGAUAUUGAGCUCAUCCCUAGAGAAUAAACCUUUGGCUACACCUAACCGCCAUAAAUAUCUGUGCAACAAUGAUUGCUCGAAAUUAGUGUACUCUUAUAAUAAAGUGUUUGUUAAUUUUUGCUGGUCA